UCUCAUCUGACCAGAACUUGUGUCACUCUCAAAUGGGUCCAAACCCAAGUAGUCCACUGUUCAAACCCACCAUGGCCCCCACAUUUUUUCCUCCACAUCCCCUCAAUACUGAUAUACAACCCCAGUACCCUAAACUUCCUUUCUCUCGCAGUCUUCUCUUCCUCCUAACAUUCCUACCUCUCCAUAUCACUCUCUCUCUCUUGCUCUCUUAGUUCAUUUUUUUCUUCAUGGACAGUGGUGAGAGAGAAACUCAUGACUUCAUGAAUGUGGAAUCCUUCUCUCAGCUACCUUUCAUCCGCCCUGCACCACCAGUCAAGGACAAGCCCAUCCGCCUCUUCGGCUUCGAAUUCGGAUCCAACGCAUCCGAACCCAACAACAACGAACCCGACUCAGAAAAAGACGCUAACGACCUCAACAACAACGCUACUUCUGACGAUGGUCGAAGAUUCGAGUGCCAUUACUGCUGCCGUAACUUCCCUACUUCCCAAGCCUUAGGCGGCCACCAAAACGCACACAAAAGGGAACGUCAACACGCGAAACGCGCUCACUUCCAGUCCCACGCCAUGGUCCACCACAACUCCUCCUCUGAUGGGCUUUACGGCCUCGUCAAUCACUGGCCCGGCCCAACUUUAUCUUAUCCUUCAUGGAACAGCCACCCCACAAGCAGCAGUUAUAAUAGGUUUUACGGAAGUCAUCAUCAUAGCUCGUUUUCGCAGCAGCGGCUCAUAAAUGGGAGUCCAUUGGGCCUGUGGAGGGUCCCGAGCGUUCAAAGUGUUAGUGGUUCGGUUAACCGCGACCGUUCAAUGCAUCCGCUGCCGUCGUUUGCCGGUGAUGAAUUGAAGCCUUCGCUAACUGACUCGACGGUCUCACAAAGUCGGUUUGUGUAUAAGAAAGCCAAGUCAAACGUGCAAGACCACGUAAGUCUGGAUCUUCAUCUGUAAUAAUUAAAUGAUUUUUUUUUAAUGAGCAUAUGUAAUAAUUGAUUAAUUACACAGCAUUCCAGAUAUUUUAAUUUCCUGAGCUGGAAAUUAAUUAAUUAACCUAUAAUUUGAUGUGGACUUAGUUAGUUAACCCUAAUAAGCAUAUUAAGGUCCCUUUGUUAUUUUAU